CCUUUGUUUACGUGCCCUGACAUGUGCUCUGAGGCCCCAUUGCUCUGCGUGUUAUAAUAAAUCAUCAAUAAUAUUCUCCCUAUGGCCGUGAGCACCAUGCCGAAGGGGAAGAAGCGUGACAGGGGGCCAAAGCCCAAGAAGCCACCACCACCUGUCGCCUCUACCCCUGCCCCUGCCCCUGCCCCCGCCCCUGUCAUGCCCUCCGCCACAAUCAAGAUGGAGACGGUGGACCUGUCGCCGCUGUGGAAGGAGUACAAGCCACACUCCACGCUGCUCUUCGAGGCCGGCACUGCUUGGCACACUCUGGUACCCGAGGAGACCCCAGGGAAGAUAGACCCCACCUCCCCAUCUACCCGGGCCAGUUUGAAGGAGCUGGCCGCCAAGAUAUUGCAGCAGGAAGUACAGAAUUAUGACAAGGCUGAGGCAUCGGGGGUCAAGGGGCGAGACAUCAAAUUCCGCAAGACAGUGUUCACCCAUGGCACAUCGCGCGACAAGGUGGCGGCACACACGCUCAGGUGCAUGGAGGCGCCCGUGCACUCGCUGAGCAACCUGCGCGCUCUCAUUGCCAUGGUGACGCCCAAAGCCAAGGGGACGUUCGAGGAGAUCUUGUCCUCCCUCACCGAGCUCUUCACCUCCGCCUUCCUCCCCAACGGACGCGUGGCACAGCGGUUUGAGAGCCACCGCUGCGUCGCGCUGGGCCCCCUGCUGGCCAAGGGGCGGGACAAGGCAGAGAGGGUGCUGGCUCUGUGGCACUUUGAGGACCAGCUGGCAGCCAUAUACCACCACCUAGUACACCAGCUGGCACAGGUGUGCAAGGAGGAGGUGGAGCACAACAAAAUGAGGGCAAUCAAAGCACUCGUGGAGCUCCUCAAACACAACCCCAGACAGAACGCUCCGCAGAUCCUCCAGGUGACGGCCAACAAGCUGGGCGACCCCGCACGCAAGGUUGCCGCCCACACCAUGUACUGCCUGCGUACCCUCCUGCAGCGCGCCCCACGCCUCAAGUCACAGGUCCUGGCCGAGGUGGAGGUGAUGCUGUACAGGCCCAACGUGAGCACCAAGGCACAGUACUAUGGGCUGUGUUUCCUCAAGGACAUGAUCUUCCGCAAGGGCCAAGACCAGAAGGUGGCGGCCGAGCUGGUCAAGCUGUACUUCGGGUUCUUCAAGGCCUGCACUAAGAAGGGUGAAGUGGACACGAGGCUCAUGUCGGCACUUUUACGAGGCCUGAACCGAGCCUUCCCUUACUCCGGCCUGGCGGGGGAGGCACUGGAGGAGCAGCUUGGCACUCUCUACAAGCUGUGCCACAUGGUCACCUUCAACACCGCAACACAGGCCCUCCAGCUGGUGUUCCAAGUCCUCAGCAACACACAGGGACAACUCUCGGAUAGGUUCUUCCAGGUGCUGUACAGGUGUAUGCUGGACCCCUCGUUUGGCUCGUCCACAGGUACGACAGCCUACCUUAACCUGGUGUACAAGGCCCUUAGCAACGACACCUCGGACCCUCGCACCCUGGCCUUCUGCAAGCGACUCCUGCAGGUGAGCCAGUACCUGGGGCCCAACAUUGUGUGCGGCAUUGUGUACCUGAUCUCGGAGGUGGUCAAGGAGCGGCCGUCCCUCCAGCGCUCCCUUGCGGCCCUCCUGCGCUCACCCUCCAGCGCCGAGGAUGAGGACGACCUUGAGGUGUACCCUGACGCUGAGGAUGUGGAGGUGGAGAAGGAGGAGGAGGAGGAGGAAGACGAGGAUGAGAAGUAUGAAGAUGUGGAGGAGGAUGAAGAAGAGGAGGAUAUAGAGAUGAUAAGUGAUGUGAAAGAAGAGGAAGAAGAAGAGGAGGGGGAGAAGAAGGUGAAAGAAGAAGAGGAAGAUGACGAGAGUAUUGAUGAAGAUGAUGAUGACGACGAAAUACAAGAAAUAAAAGAGGAAAAAGAAGAUAGUGAAGAAUAUAAGAAAAUAAUGGAAAAACUCACCUCCACCUCCACCACUGACACCAAACCACCUCCCAACACCACCUCCUCCUGGCACCACCUCUACAACCCAUGGGGGGGCGAGGGGGGGGCGCUGCGGCAGGGGCGGGGGGAGUACGACCCCCUCCACAGGAAUCCGCUCUUCUGUGGGGCCCAGUUCUCCUCUCUCUGGGAAUUGGGGUACCUCAAGGCCCACUACCAUCCGUCGGUCUCCGUGUUCGCUGGGAAGGUGUUGGAUGGUCAGCCGGUAGAAUACUCCGGCGACCCACUCCAGGACUUCACCCUCAUCCGCUUCCUCGACCGAUUCGUCUACCGUAAUCCGAAGAAGAUGAGCGGAGCGGGGAAGGACAGCGCCGGUAGUCACGUGCUAGGGCGGCGCAGUCAGUACACGCCCAAGGGAGUCCGAGGGAUUGCCGUCAACACAGAGGAGUUCUCGGCCCUUGAACCCAACCAGGUGCCCGAAGAUGAGGUGUUCUUCCACAGAUACUUCACCCAGUUCAAGGCAGGGAUGAAGAAGGGAGCAGAUGACAAGGGUGACGAGAGCGAGAGUGAUGAGUCCGUGGCAGAUGAGGAGUUUGAGGCGUUCCUGAGCAAGAAGGAAGGAGGAGGAGGAAGAGAGGAAGAGGAGGAGGAGGAGAUGGAUGUGGAGGUGGAUGAGGAUAUGGAUUUUGCUGCUGGAGUGAAGGUGAAGAGUGGAAAAAAAGGGAAAGGCAAAAGUGAUGAAGAAGGUAUUGAAGAUGAUGAUGAUGAUGGUGACGACUUUGAAGAAGCGUUUGGAAGCGAUGGCGAUGAUGAAGGGGAAGAAUAUGAUGAUGGUGAAGAUGGAGAUGGUGGUGAUGAUGGUGGUGGUGGUGGUGAAGAUGAUGAUGAUGAUGACCUGGGCUUUGACGAGGAGGCUGUGGCAUUUUCAGAUGACGAUUUUGAUGACGAACCACCAAAGAAGAAGGUGAAAGGCAAAAUAACGCUGGUUACGGGUGAAGGGAAGAAGAAGAAGAAGCGGUGGGUGGGUGGCGAUGAUGGCGAGGGUGACGGUGAGGGGCUGUCGUCUAUGUUCGCCAGCGCUGAGAGCUUCGCACACCUGCUGGAGGACAAUGAGGCAGGGGCCGAGCCUGGCAGCGGCACAUCACAGGCGCUGGCCAAUAGGGACAGGGCGCACGCCAAACAGCUGACAUGGGAGGUGGAGAGAGACAGGAAGAUGAAGGGAGAGAACUGGAAGAACAAGAAGAUGGGGCAGAGGAAGGGGAAGGGAGGGAUGGGGAUGAAGAAGAAGGGAGGAGGAGGAGGAGGAGCUGGGCUGAAGAAGAAGGGAGGAGGAGGAAUGGGAAUGAAGAGGAAAGGAGGAGGAGGAGGAGGAGGAGGAGGAGGGUUUAAAGGAUCAAAGGGAGGGUUGAAAAAAGGGGGGAAUAAAAAGAUGAAGGGUAGAAAAUAAAAUUGUGUUUGUUAUUUUUUUAAGUAGUAAAGUUAUGGAAUUGUU